GCCGGGGCCGAGCCGUACAAAAGCUCGCCGCGGCCGGAUCGGAUCCCUCGCCGGCGACGGAAAACCUGAUCCCCAGUGAGAAGAAGAGGCUAGGGUGGAACGGACGGACGGCGGAGGGGCUGCGGAGUCGCAUGCGCCGGGCUGCGGCCGGGAUGGCGGCGGAGGGGGUGAGAGGCGGGGCGUCGACGGCGGCGGUGGCGGAGGCGUCGGCCACGGCCACGGCGGGGACGGCCGCGGGGUCGAGGUGGGGGAGGGUGUGGCCGUCGGCGCUGCGGUGGAUCCCCACCUCCACCGACCGCAUCAUCGCCGCGGAGAAGCGGCUCCUCUCGAUAGUCAGAACGGGGUAUGUCCAGGAACAAGUUAGCAUUGGCUCCGCUCCACCCGGAUCCAAAGUUAGAUGGUUUAGAUCAUCAAGUGAUGAGCCAAGGUUCAUCAAUACUGUAACAUUUGAUAGCGAGGAAAGUGCUCCCACCCUUGUCAUGGUCCAUGGGUAUGGUGCUUCACAGGGUUUCUUCUUUCGAAACUUUGAUACCCUUGCAAGCCGUUUCAGGGUUAUUGCCAUUGAUCAGCUUGGUUGGGGUGGAUCAAGCAGACCUGACUUCACUUGUAAAAGUACUGAAGAAACUGAGGCGUGGUUCAUAGAAUCCUUCGAGGAAUGGCGCAAAGCAAAGAAUCUCAGUAAUUUUAUAUUGCUUGGUCAUUCUUUUGGAGGAUAUGUCGCGGCAAAGUAUGCUUUACAGCAUCCUGAACACGUCCAACACUUGAUUUUGGUUGGCCCUGCUGGCUUUUCAUCAGAAACAGAGCAUAGCUCUGAGUGGUUAACCAAGUUCCGAGCUACGUGGAAAGGCAUGCUAGUGAAUCAUCUAUGGGAAUCCAACUUUACUCCUCAAAGAGUAGUUAGAGGAUUGGGUCCUUGGGGACCAGACUUAGUUCGGAGAUAUACUAGUGCCAGAUUUGGCUCACAUUCAACUGGUGAAUUACUAACAGAACAGGAAUCCACAUUGCUGACAGAUUACAUUUACCAUACUUUGGCUGCCAAAGCUAGUGGAGAGUUGUGCUUGAAAUAUAUAUUUUCCUUCGGAGCAUUUGCAAGGAAACCUCUUCUGCAAAGUGCAUCUGAUUGGAAAGUGCCGACCACUUUCAUCUAUGGCCAACAAGAUUGGAUGAACUACCAGGGAGCCCAACAAGCACGGAAAGAAAUGAAGGUCCCCUGUGAGAUCAUCAGAGUUCCACAGGGAGGACAUUUUGUGUUCAUAGAUAACCCUUCGGGGUUCCACUCGGCGGUCUUCCACGCAUGCCGUAAGUUCAUAUCUGGCGAUGGAGAGGAAGGCCUCUCUCUUCCUGAAGGCCUAAUAUCGGCCUGAGAUGGCAUAAGCAACGCAACACUAUGAUGGAAAAUACCGACUGUUGUCACCGUCUUGUUUGUGAGCGCGCGAGUUGUGUGUCAACAUGUAUCGUGUAUAGUAUAGAUACAAACAUUUGUACGAGUAGUGAGAAACGCACGGUUAUGCAAGAAGAAAAUUGUCCAA